UAAGCGCGGCGCCCGACCGACUGGGAGGACCGCGGACACCGAGCUCGCGUAACAGACAGGCAACUCCGCAACCGGCAGGCCUCUCAUCAGGGAUAGAGAGCCCCAGGGAAGGCGCGCAGAGCCGCAGCCGCAGGUGCGACCAGCAGGUAAGCCCUCUCUACCUUGCAAACGGGGCCUGGGAUACGAUUUCUCUCCUCUUCCUCCACCUCUUCUGCCACGUCGCGCAGCUUCGCUGGCUGCUUGGCAUCUUUUUCGUUCCUUUUUGGUUUUUUCGCCUGAACGGCCAAGCCUCCACGCCGCUUCCUCUUGGUCGCCGCCAUCUUGUCCGAGCUCCUUUGGCCUUGGCUUUCCUUCCGGCUCCGCCGCUCUCUCCCAUUUCCGAUCUCUAUGAUACCGCGCGCUCGGCUCUGCAGUCCCCCGGCUCUAUGGUACCUUCUUCCGGUUUCUGGUACCGCUCUCGCGACUCUCUAGGCCACCGCUCACUCUGUGGUGACGGUGGCCGAGAAGCGACUGUCUGGUCCGAAAAGAGUGGCGGGAGCCGCUCCACUGUCCUCCCCAGCUGCCCGGGAGGCGCGGCUCGCCUGGCUGCGAAGGGCUCUCGGACGUCCGGACCCCGCCGCAAAGGUGUCUCGCGAUCCGCAGCAGCAGAUCUUGGCACCGGGAGCAUCCCUUGGGGACAGAUGUGCAGUGGACGAUGCCCCUCCUAACUCCACAGAUCCAAGAUGAGAAUGAUUACAGCUUAGUGGCCAGCCUUGACAACGUUAGGAACCUCUCCACUGUCUUGAAGGCUAUUCAUUUCCGAGAACACGCAACCUGUUUCGCUACUAAAAAUGGAAUCAAGGUUACGGUGGAAAAUGCAAAGUGUGUGCAAGCAAAUGCUUUUAUUCAGGCUGGAAUAUUUCAAGAGUUUAUAGUUCAGGAAGAGUCUGUUACUUUUCGAAUAAAUUUAACUGUCCUUUUAGACUGUUUAUCUAUAUUUGGAUCAAGUCCCAUGCCAGGGACUUUAACUGCACUGCGGAUGUGUUACCAAGGUUAUGGUUCCCCUUUGAUGCUCUUUCUGGAAGAAGGAGGGGUGGUGACAGUCUGUAAAAUCAAUACUCAGGAGCCUGAGGAGACUCUGGAUUUUGAUUUCUGCAGCACCAAUGUCAUUAAUAAAAUUAUUCUGCAGUCAGAGGGGCUCCGUGAAGCAUUUUCCGAGUUGGAUAUGACGAGUGAGGUCCUGCAGAUCACCAUGUCUCCCGACAAGCCUUAUUUCAGGUUAUCUACUUUCGGGAAUGCAGGAAGCUCCCACCUUGAUUAUCCCAAAGAUUCUGAUUUGAUAGAAUCAUUUCAGUGUACUCAGACCCAGGUCAACAGAUACAAGAUUUCUUUACUGAAGCCCUCUACAAAGGCGUUAGUCCUAUCUUGUAAGGUGUCUAUUCGAACGGAUAACCGAGGAUUCCUCUCACUACAGUAUAUGAUUAGAAAUGAAGACGGACAGAUAUGUUUUGUGGAAUAUUACUGCUGCCCCGAUGAAGAAGUCCCUGAAUCAGAGUCUUAAGUUUGGCAUUCACUGUGAUACCUCUGUGAACAUUCACGAUCGGUCACAUUCUCAUUCUGGGUAUAUUACUCCCCAGGAUACUGGGUUUUCUAAAGGGAAGAAGCAUGGAGAAGAUAGGAACAAAGUCCAUGUAACCCUAAUAGUUGCUGUGUAUUUUUGAUUUUUUUUAAUGGUUUUUUUUUAAUUUAUUUAUUUUUGAGAGACAGAGAGAGAGACAGCGCAA